GCAGCGAGCCGCUGCGUCUGAGCCGAGUUUUGGGUGUGUUUGUAUUCGAGCUGCAGCAGCAAUAAUGUUCAACUCUGUUUGUCGUUUUCCCUCCAAUGAUGCGAACGAGGAAGAAACGUCGGUCGGAGAAAAAGAAACAAUGGCCGCCUCCAUUCCUCUCUCCAAGCCCAACACCACCUUCUCUCUGGCUCUGCUCAGAAAGCUGAGUGAGGACAAGAAGACUGCAAACAUCUUCUUCUCUCCUUUCAGCAUCUCUUCAGCUCUGGCUAUGGUGAUGCUGGGAGCCAGAGGAGACACAGCCACUCAGAUAUCAGAGAUGAUGCUACACGUCGAUCAAGACACGGCUGAACGGAGGAUGUGGUGGGACACAACUGGAAUAAUGUCAAACAUUUUGUCCGCAGUGCUUGAAAAUCCAGGGUUGUCAGGAGAUGUCCACACUCUGUUUGCCAAACUGCUGAGUGAGAUCAACAAACCAGCAUCUCAAUUUGCUCUCAGUGUUGCCAACAGACUGUAUGGAGAGAAAUCCUACAACUUUCUGCAGGAGUUUUUAACCCAAACAAAAACUCACUACGACUCAGAGUUGGAGGCUGUGGACUUCAGAACCAGCAGUGAGGAAGCCAGGGUCAAGAUCAACAACUGGGUGGAGGAACAGACACAAGGUAAAAUCAAGGAUAUUGUGGCUGAGGGCGAAGUGGACGACAUGACCAGGCUGGUUCUGGUUAAUGCCAUCUACUUUAAAGCUGCCUGGGAUGAACAAUUCUUUAAAUUUGAUACUGCAGAGGAUCAGUUUAGACUCAACAAGAACACAACAAAACCAGUACAGAUGAUGUUUCAGGAAGAUGAUUUCCCCUUCACCGUCAUAGGUGAAGUCAACUGUCAGAUCCUGGAGAUGCCUUACAAAGGGAAGGAACUGAGCAUGCUCAUCAUUUUACCUAAAGACAUAGAGGACGAUACAACAGGUCUGGAGAAGCUGGAGAAACUUCUGACCUAUGAGAAAUUCAUGGAGUGGACUCAUCCAGACAAGAUGAAACGCCGUAAGGUCCAGGUGAAGCUUCCUCGAUUCAAGCUGGAGGAGACGUAUGACCUGAAUGAAGUCCUGAGCAGCAUGGGCAUGGUGGACGCUUUUGACCAGACAAAGUGUGACUUCUCUGGUAUGUCUGGCAAUAAGGAGCUCGUUCUGUCCAAAGUCUCCCACAAAGCUUUUGUGGACGUGAACGAGGAGGGAACUGAAGCUGCUGCUGCUACCUUUGGAAAAAUAGUACCAUGUUGUUAUAGGAAACCAUCAAUCUUCACUGCAGAUCACCCCUUCCUCUUCUUCAUCCGCCAUAACCCCACCCUGACCGUUCUCUUUGCUGGACGUUUCUGUUGCCCUGAGUGAAAUUUGUGUCUGCAAGAUGAAAGCUUGGAUGUGACGCAGCAGAUCUUUAUUUACAAAUCAUACAGAGGGCAGUAAAGGUCAAUCUAGUUGAUCAAAUAUUAUUAUCAUGCAGAUACGUAGUUAAGACAUGGCAUACAUACAUGCAUGUGUCACGGCUCUUACAUUUCUACAAACUCAUGUUAAAAAAAAUUGCAGUGAAUUUGAAUGGAAAAUAUUGUUUUAGACUGAAGACAAAACAAAAAGCUGUAAUGAUCUCAUUGCACAUCAUAAACUUAUACGUUUAAAUCUGAAACCUUUCAAGUCAGUUUUAGCGAUCAGUUUUCUGGAGUUCAAAUACCAUCAAUCGCAGUGAGUCUGAUCAACCUGAAAUGAAGUUCAGCUUUUCUUCUGGGAUCUUCUUGACAUUUUCCUCAUGUCGUGUAUCUGACCUUCACUGAAACAACACUGUAGCCUUAAUAAAAGAUGGUGGUGGCAG